UCAAAAGUUGGCAGUACGCAAUGAUAUACUAUACUGAGCUUGAAUGAGCCCUCCGUGCAGCCAUAGAUAGAAUUUUCGCAUAAAACAUGCCAAACUUGUGCCCUUUCUCGUUGCAAUUGAGGAGUGGAGAGGUCACAGAGGUUCCGCCCGUACAUGUGUAACGGUUCCAGAUCGGUCCGCCUCCGUAUAAUGGCCUCUUGCUUACUUAUCGUACAUGAGUGAUGGGUGAUCCUCAGGCUACUGCAAGAAGAUGGACGAUGCUUGCAUUGAAAUAUGACUAAACCAUCAGUACGUCAUGCACCAACAAUGUAGAUUGGCUAUUGGAGACGAAACAUUAGCUUUAUACAAUGAGUACUAACUUAGCGUCGGAGACUUCGUCCGUCCAAACUUUAGCCACUAUAACAUUCACUUGGAAAAAAAAAAGAGACCGUCGACGCUCACUUGUCUUCUGUGGCCAAUUUGCUCAAGUGUACAUUGCAAUGAUUAAAUACCUUCGUACUUGAACCUGUAUCAUUGCAUAUUCAACAUGAGCGUGAUCGGCCUGUGAAUUUCAGAGAUGCUAGUACUUCAGAGUGAAGUGCUGGUUUCGGAAUCCAGAGUCUAAUGAAUGUUAUGAGGUUUGACAUACUGGAACAACAACAAGUUGAGCCAACAAGUUUUCGACUAGAUCAUUCUUCUACUGAAGGAACCAGCAGGUGAAAGGUUGGUAUCAAAGAAUGUUGUCCAGUGCCAAGGGUUCCCUCUCGAUGAUGACACUGCAAGUGUCGGCGGUUAUUUGCAUCGUCCUGUCACUGACUGGUGCAGGAGCCGUCAUAGCUGCACCAGAAGAGGACCUCGUCACUAAAUUACCAGGUCUUCCUUCCUUAGGCUUCAAAAUCUACUCAGGUUACGUCACCGUGGAUGAGCAACAUGGCCGAGCUCUCUUUUACUUCUUCGUGGAGGCGCAGAAAGAUCCAGAGAAUAAACCCCUCACGUUGUGGCUAAAUGGUGGGCCGGGAUGCUCUAGUUUUGGAAUCGGGAACUUCAACGAACACGGACCCUUCGCCAUUCGAGAAAAUACUAUUGUGAUAAAUCCUUAUUCUUGGAACAAAGAGUCGAACGUACUGUACCUGGAAUCUCCAGCAGGAGUUGGAUUUUCUUACUCCAACACUACCAUCGACUACGUGACUGAUGACGAAAGGACAGCUCAAGAUGCUUUCGUAUUCCUUCACGGCUGGUUGGAAAAGUUUCCCGAAUACCAGAAUCGACCUUUCUACAUGACUGGAGAGAGCUACGCAGGGUUGUAUAUUCCUCAGUUGGCAGCUCUUUUUUUCAAUAGUGAUCUCAGACUACAGCUCCGAGGGAUUAUGAUUGGGAAUCCCGUAAUUAAUGUAGAGGAGGAUUUGAGUUAUCCAGUUAUGCUUUUCUUCUUGUACACACACGGAGUGAUAUCAGAGGAGUCUUACCGGAGAUUGGAGGUUGAGUGUGGGAUUUCCAAUCGCAGUACCCAAGACAACAAAGCCUGCCGCGAGACUAUGGAUAAUGUUUUCUACAGUGAGACGGGCAUGAUUGACUGGUACGACGUUCUUAGUGACACUUGCGCAUCAGACAGAAAUUUUAUGCUGCUGACCAGCAACCUGCAGCUUCCGAAGAUCCGAACGAGUCCUACCGGUCUCAGUAGAGUACACGUUACACCUGCAGACCCUUGUCACGAGAACGAUAUGGUUCCAUACUUGGCCAGAGAGGACGUUCAGGCUGCUCUUCAUGCACAUCUUGCAAAUGCUUCAAUACCUUGGAGUGUGUGCUCGGAUAUUGUAGAAUACAUUUCAACAACAGUGACCGUGGAGCCCGAGCUGAAACUCUUGAUAACAAGUGAUAUCAGAGUGUGGGUUUACAGUGGAGAUCAAGACUCUAUCAUCCCAUUUACUGCGACUAGAAGAACAGUCGAGAAGUUUUCUCAAGCAACGGGUUUGAGAAUCAGCUCUCAUUACCAACCCUGGUUUGCGGACAACCAGAUCGGAGGCUGGACAGUGAGUUACGGGUCAAACCUUCUAUUUGCAACCGUGAGAGGCGCCAGCCACAUGGUUCCCAGAAGCCAGCCUGUACGUGGUCUUCAAAUCUUCACUUCUUUUCUGCGCGACAACAACCUUCCACUGAGACAAGAGUAGAUUCACCAACCUAUGGGUACCAUUCUUGAAUACAAUCUAGUCCGCAACGACAAUGAGCAACCGAUUUUGAAACACUCGACAGUACGUACGUUACGGCUUCUAUGUUUUCGUUGCUUUUAGUGUACUUUACUUUGUUAAAAGUCGGGAAAUGUGUACCAUGGACAAUGAGAAGGAUUUUCUCGUUUCUUAGUAUACAAAAGCAAUUCUUACUCUUAACAAUUGUUUAGCAAACGUACUCGUGUAUGUUAUUCCAGUGUUAUAGUAUCUAGACGGAAAAGUAAUAAAUAGUAAGGAAACAAAUGUUGAAUAGAUCAAUUUAAAUCAAUUUGGACUUUCUUCGUCUUCGAACUGC